GCCAGGGGAGGGAGGAUGGCGUCCCUCAGGGCAGAAGGUCCUGGGGAUCACCUAGAGCGUUGAGCCAGGUUUAUAGAAGGAACCUGUGGAAGCCUUGGGAUGAGGACACCUGGAGGUGGUGACACCUACAGCCCUCCCCUGGAGUCUGCGCUCCGGGAACCCUCUGGAGCCGGUCACCUCCCAGCCCCGGGUAGGUUCCAGGACAACCUCCAGGACCUGCUGCCCACCCUGCCCAAUGCUGACGAAUACUUCCUCCUGCGCUGGCUCCGAGCUCGGAACUUUGACCUGCAGAAAUCUGAGGACAUGCUCCGGAAGGUGCCCUCAAGACCUUUGUAGCAGGCAGUCCUCAGGUCCUGCAAUUUCUCUGCAGCACAUAGAAUUCCGGAAGCAACAGGACCUGGACAACAUCCUCACAUGGCAGCCUCCAGAGGUGAUCCAGCUGUACGACUCUGGUGGUCUGAGCGGCUAUGACCCUGAAGGCUGCCCCGUGUGGUUCGACAUCAUUGGGACCCUUGACCCCAAGGGUCUUCUCCUGUCGGCCUCCAAGGAAGAGCUGAUCCGGAAGCGCAUCAAGAUCUGUGAGCUGCUUUUGCGGGAGUGUGAGCUGCAGAGUCUAAAGCUGGGCAGGAAGAUCGAGAUGGUACUGAUGGUGUUUGACUUGGAGGGGUUCGGCCUAAAACACCUGUGGAAGCCAGCUGUAGAGAUCUACCAGCAGUUUUUUGCCAUCCUGGAAGCAAAUUAUCCUGGGACGCUGAAGAAUUUAAUUGUCAUUCGAGCCCCCAAGCUCUUCCCUGUGGCCUUCAACUUGGUCAAGAUGUUCAUGAGUGAGGAAACACAAAGGAAGAUAGUGAUUCUGGGAGGCAACUGGAAGCAGGAGCUGCCAAAGUUCAUCAGCCCUGAGCAGCUGCCCAUGGAGUUUGGGGGGACCAUGACUGAUCCUGAUGGCAACCCCAAGUGUCUGACCAAGAUCAACUAUGGGGGUGAGGUGCCCAAGAGCUACUACCUGCGCAACCAGGUGAGGAUGCAGUAUGAGCACAAGAUGACCGUGGCCCGAGGCUCCUUCGUGCAGGUGGAGAACGAAAUCCUGUUCCCGGGCUGUGUGCUCAGGUGGCAGUUCGCAUCACAUGGGGCAGACAUCGGCUUCGGGGUUUUCCAGAAGACCAAGACGUGUGAGCGGAAGCGGGCAGGGGAGAUGGUGGAGGUGCUCCCCAUCCGGCGCUACAAAGCCCACCUGGUACCUGAGGACGGGAGCCUCACCUGCCUCAAACCCGGAGUCUAUGUACUGCGCUUCGACAACACCUACAGCCUGAUACACACCAAGAAGGUCAGCUACACUGUGGAGGUGCUGCUCCCAGACAAGACCUCUGAAGAGAAGAUUCAGGGUCUUGAGGCAAGGAGACCGUCCCCAGCGCAAUGAAGACCCCUGAUACCUCUCAGUCCCUGUGCUCUUCAACCCCUUAGUACCCCCUCCCUGUCCCUUUCCCUCCUGAGCAGCGUGGUGUUUGGAGGAGCCACCCCCCUCCCCGCAUCACCAUCUCGGCUCUUCGUGGGCUCACCUGGCACGGUGGCAGAGCAGGAAGGGGACAUCCAGCUCAUAGGCCACCUUGAGGAUUCAGACAGGCACCUGAUCUCCUGUUUGCAGAGACUGAGAAUGGGGACGCUGAGGAUGAACCAGUAGCCACUGAGGGAGGGUCCUGCCCACAGAAGCUGCCCUUAUGUCACUCCUGAUGAGGUCCACCGUCUCAGGACUCACCCACACCUAGUGACCCGGCUUGGGGGCGUGUGCAUGAGUCCCAGGCCAGGCAGGGAGCACAGCGUCAAGUCUGAAGAGCAGGGAAGCCCCCAUCUCUGCAUGUGGGGGCUCGACAUGGAUAGACAAGGCCAGCUGGAGGCAGCUGGGUGGAGGGAUGGGACCAGCCGGGUGGUGGAGCUGAGGGUCUUGGUUCUGGCAGGGCACCAAAGCCUCUUCAGAGUCUCCUUACUGCCUUUGGAGGGAAGAUCAGAAAUGGAGCGUGAGGCCCAGCGGGGAUAACCAUCAGGAAAAGCCACGCUCAGCCACACAGAGCUAAAUGGGUGAAGACUGAGUCUCUCGGAAUUCUCAGUGACCCCCGCCUCCUCCUCACCUGCUGUGAUCCAGCUGACAUUCAGCUUGGGUUCUUUCUGGCUCUGAGUAAGGACCAGGAUUGUAGCAGAGCUGGAGUGAGGUGGAACAUGCUGGAAUAAGGUAGAACGCACCUGGGUGGGGCUGCCAUCCCAGGGUACUCAUCCCAGACUUGAUUUACUUCUUGGAGAAACAUCAAGCUUUUCCUCCGUCUUUGUGUGUCACUAGAGGGACAGCUAAUGUCUGCCAGCUCCCUACCAACCCACCCCAAAUGCGACUCCGUAGCUGGCCAGUGAUGGCUUCCAUUUCCCAAAGGCUGGCUCUCCUGGUGCCCUACGCCCACAGUCAGGACCGCAGUCCGCUCUUCUGGACAAACCGCACCCAGCAGAGCAGACCUUGCCCGGAAUGAGCCAGUGAAGCUGCUGAGUGGUCAGAUGUCCCUGUCAAAGGGGAUCCUUGCUGCAAAGGAUUAACAUCCUGGGCAUCGAGACCCUUGCCAGAGACCGGAAGCCUCAGCAAACAGCAACAUCCAGGUGCUUUGUGAAUAAGAACCCGGUUCUAGCCCCCUUCUUGCUCUCAGAUUCUGUGAUUUCAUUUUCACUAUUUAAUAGAGUUCCUGAUUUUCCAGGGCCUCUUCUUCCCAGGUAAGAAAAUGAUGAGGCUUGUGAAGGUGGGUCUUCAGGUGAGUUCUGUGAGGUCCUUGGGGCCCCAGGCCCGCCCUCUGUGGCAGCCGCAUCACCCACGGUUCAGCACAUAGUCUGAACAGGGGGCUCUGCUGCUGUGAAAAGCAAACUAACUAAAGGAAAUAAAAUACGAAAAGCUGGUGCACUGAGGCA